AAAACUCCUCCCUCGCGGCCGAUUCCAAACCCUAGCCUACCUCCCCGCCGUCCUCUUCUUCUCUCGAUUCUCCAUUCGUUCGUUCCCCUCUUCUCCACGCUGGUAAGCUUAAUAUCUUGCACGAUCUACGAUUGCCUCUUCUUCUCUCGAUUCUCUACGCAGAAUUAACUGGUGAAUCAGUCAGAAUGUACACCGCAAGUAAGAAAAUCCAGAAGGACAAGGGCCUCGAGCCAACAGAGUUUGAGGACACUGUUGCCCAGGCACUCUUUGAUCUGGAGAAUGGAAACCAGGAACUAAAGAGCGACCUAAAAGAUCUUUACAUAAAUUCGGCAGUUCAAAUGGACGUAGCUGGCAAUAAGAAGGCUGUAGUUAUUCAUGUGCCAUAUAGACUUAGGAAGUCUUUUAGGAAGAUUCAUGUAAGGCUUGUCAGAGAAUUGGAGAAGAAGUUCAGCGGGAAGGAUGUGAUUCUCGUUGCAACAAGAAGGAUAAUGAGGCCGCCCAAGAAAGGCUCUGCUGUUGUGCGGCCUCGCAGUCGUACUCUCACAGCAGUUCAUGAGGGCAUUUUGGAGGAUGUUGUAUACCCAGCUGAGAUUGUGGGGAAGCGCAUCAGAUACCGCUUGGAUGGUUCAAAGAUCAUGAAAAUCUUUUUGGAGCCAAAGGAGCGCAAUAACACCGAGUACAAGCUGGAGACUUUCACUGGAGUGUACCGCAAGCUCUGCGGGAAGGACGUCGUAUUCGAGUAUCCCAUCAAUGAGAAUGCUUAAAUAUGUGUUUUUUUUUCUUUUUGCUUUUGAUUUAGCCGAGUGUUUCAAAAUCGUUUCUAUGUUGCUCGAAAGUAUUUGAAUUUUUGUCGAUGGUAUGAUGUUUAAGUGCUAUCAUCAAAUCGUUUUGGGCUCUGAAUCAACUUUCAUAAUUUAUUAUGUUUAUUUAAUUUUGAACAA